AUGAUACGACCCAAGACCCCCUGUGAGAUUGCUAGAGAUACUGCGAUGAAAAUAGUCAUGCCUGGAGUCUACGUCCCCACGUGUGACAACGAUGGACAAUACACCCAUGAACAAUGUUCAGGCUCUACAGGUUACUGUUGGUGUGUGAACACUUCUGGACAGAAGAUCCCGGGUACUGAGACUCCUCCAGGCACUCCUAGAAUCAACUGUACCACCCAGAAUGGUAUGAUACGACCCAAGACCCCCUGUGAGAUUGCUAGAGAUACUGCGAUGAAAAUAGUCAUGCCUGGAGUCUACGUCCCCACGUGUGACAACGAUGGACAAUACACCCAUGAACAAUGUUCAGGCUCUACAGGUUACUGUUGGUGUGUGAACAGUUCUGGACAGAAGAUCCCGGGUACUGAUUCUCCACCAGGCACUCCUAUAAUCAACUGUACCACACAGAGUAAAUGA